AUGGAUGUCAGUAAAGUGCGCAGAUUUCAAGAAGAAAUUGUUAUUGAUGUGAGAAACAUGAAGUUAUCGUUAGAUGAAAUGAAAGGGACGCUUCGAGAAAUCAUAAUCAACAACAAAAUUAACAAAAACAAACAAACCAGUGACCAGGACGACGACGACAAUGACAACACUAUUUCAAAUGAUGAAAGCAAGCACAACGACGGUAGCAGCUCCGGUGAUGAUGAUGAUGAUGGCAACGUAAAUAAAAACAGUAAAACUAAAGAAAAUAUCAAAGGAAACAAUCCCAACAACAAAAAAUACAAGAAAAUAGGCAACAACAAGAAAGUUAAUAGCAAAGAAGAGGAAACCCUAAACCAAGGAGAAAGUUCAAUGGCUGGUUCUCCUAAAAAAGUACAAACAGUUAUGGACAAAACAAGUUUUGAAACUAAAAGUGCAAAUAAAACUGAAGUAAAGCCACGUGUCCUAAAAAAACCUGAUGUACCACCAAAAUCAUCAAAGGCAAGGAAAGCUCCAUUAGAACCAAAAGGUGCAAAGAAUACACAUAUAGCAGAACGUCGGAAGAAGUUUGAAGAGAACACUGAAUCUGAUACCAAGAAAAGAAACACUGAUCACGAAGAAAGCCAAUAUGAUAGAACUGAUAAACAUGUCGAACAAACCAACGAAACUGGUCAGAAUGAAGAAUACGAUACGAUUAUACCAUAUGGCGAGGACGACAUGGCUGAGAAUGAGUUAGAAGGGAAAAAAUUGGUAUAUCCAGCAUGGCCAUUACCUGGUAUGUGCCAACAAGUUAAUACUUCUUCGAAUGGUACUUUUCCACAACCGUGCCCUCAAUUCAAACACGACUACCAACAGCAAUUAGACCUCCAGAUGCAUCCAGUGAAACAAGAGUCACAUCAGGUAAGAAAAUCGUUUGUUAACAUUGAUCACGAAGAAAGCCAAUAUGAUAGAACUGAUAAACGUGUCGAACAAACCAACGAAACUGGUCAGAAUGAAGAAUACGAUACAAUUAUACCAUAUGGCCAGGACAUGCCCGAGAAAGAAUUAGAUGGAAAAAAUAUAGUAUAUCCAGCAUGGCCGUUACCUGGCAUGUGCCAACAAGUUAAUACUUCUUCAAAUGGUACUUUUCCACAACCAUGCCCUCAAUUCAAACACGAUCACCAACAGCAAUUAGACCUCCAGAUGCAUCCAGUGAAACAAGAGUCACAUCAGGUAAUAAAAUCGUUUGUUAACAUUGAUCACGAAGAAAGCCAAUAUGAUAGAACUGAUAAACGUGUCGAACAAACCAACGAAACUUGUCAGAAUGAAGAAUACGAUACGAUUAUACCAUAUGGCCAGGCUGACAUGCCUGAGAAUGAGUUAGAAGGGAAAAAAUUGGUAUAUCCAGCAUGGCCGUUACCUGGCAUGUGCCAACAAGUUAAUACCUCUUCGAAUGGUACUUUUCCACAACCAUGCCCUCAAUUCAAAUACGAUCACCAACAGCAAUUAGAUCUCCAGAUGCACCCAGUGAAACAAGAGUCACAUCAGGUAAUAAAUAGUUUGUUAACUUCGAUAAUAUAAAUUGAUGGUUGUAACUUGUUACCAGGUUUCUUAAUAACAAAAUUUCGAAUGUAUAUGUACAUAAUGCAUAUAAAAAUUCCUAAUACUAGUGUGCUGAAAAACCGAUAGUUAUAUGUACAUUUUUGCAGCCUCUUACAACAACGUAUAAACGUUCAUGUACUUUUUCCUUCCACUUUUAAUUCACAAGCAAUCCCAAACUUUAUGUUCUAAUUUAUUGUUUUUGGAAAACACCACAAAAUUAUCUGAUUAAGCUAUCAACUCAGGUCAUCAGCAUGAAUUUUGUACGUUUUUGUUGUAGAAAAUUGAAAUGCACAUAUAAUUGCACCUAAUACAAACAUAUGAGAUAUUCCUGUUGUAUACUGACUUUAUAACUUUUCAUUCUUGUAUAGUUAGUCCAAUGCAUCAACGAAAAGGGAUUUCCAUUGAUACAAAAUGUCGAGAAACAACAUCCGGUUUUCUGCACCAACACGAAAUGCUUACAAUUUCGCGCAGAACACCCUAAAGAAAUUUGUUUCGGGCAAUUACCACACGCAAAUGCAGAGCGCUCUGGUCAAAGUUACUCAGAAAUGCCAAUAUCACACGUCCAGACACAAAAAAGUAUCCAGUUUUCAAGCGAUCGCGAGCCAAUUUAUUCCUCACCGAAAAGAAACAAGAUGGUUUCUUACAGUGACUUUGAUGUGUCCAAAAAAAUUCAGAAACAACAUUCGUGCGAAUCUUGUAAUUGUCGUUCCGAAACGGAAGGGGGAUUGCAAAUUCCAACAACACGUCAUCAGGAUGUUCAAGAUGAAAACAUCUCUACAAAUUACGAAGGAUCUCUGUGGAAGAACUUACGUUCUGAAGAUCCGAUUGACAACGAACAGCAAUCUUUCAGCAGCACUUACUUGCAUUUCAACGAUGAUUCAGGAUAUUGUUCGCAUUCUGUUCAACCAACGUCAUUUUCGCAUACCAGACAAAGUGGUCGGCGCAGAACCGCACAACAAACCAAAAAUGAAAACAUCGGCUCAAGGUCUACACAUUCAGACGGCGUGAUGGUGGAAAUGCCUUACGUCGAGAGAAUAUAUAAGAAAAUUCCAGGAAUCAAUUCGGAGUUUGUAAGUUAAUUGAAUUAUACAUUUACUUUAACUAUAAAUUCAUGAUAAUUCUCGAAGGCAAUUCUUUAAUUAAUGAACGCUUUUUAACGAAAUGUGAAAAUUUGUCAGGAUACUAAACUUUUACAGGAAUUGGAAGUUGCUUGUAUAGUCAAUUAAGCAAUUCAUAAAAACAUGAUGAGCGCUAUAUAUCGCGUUGAUGAGAAAGUGUCCGAUAAAUCCGAAUACUGCGCGAUGGGCAAUGCCCUUGGGAAAUAUCAUCACUGUUUCAGGUAAUAUUUCGUCGAAUUUCCCACGCUCCGGGUCUAUAAAUCAUGAUAAAUGUAACUCAAGUAACUCAACUCCCCAAAUGAGCACUUAACUUUCACAUUUUUCAUGUUUCAAGUGGCUAUAUCCAACCUCGUACUCAGUGUCUUUCCUCUUGGCGAGGGGAGAAAAGACCCUGGUAGAUGCUGGUCACGUGAUCUGCUAAAAUCUAGAAGAUUUUUAAUUAGCAAUCGAAGAUGAGGUCAAUAAAUAUUUGAUAUUUGGAUAAUUUUUAUAGUUUAAUUUAUAAUUUGCUUUUUGUAUGAUUUUUGUAAAGGAAUCCAAGAUAGUUAAUUAGAAAUCUGCUAGAUUUUAGAAGAUCACGUGACCAGCGUCUACCAGGGUCUUUUCUCCACAAGAGGAAAGACCCUGGGUACGAGGUUAGGCGAUAUCAUGCAUUCCACGGAAAACACCUGGAGAUAAACAUUUUAAGUUAAUGAAUAACCAUAAGUUAAUGAAUUCUUAAAUUAUUUUCAUUACUUCAGAGUACCAAUGAAGGAAACUGGUAGAAGUGUUACGAACAUUUGGUACUAUCAUGCAACUAUGGACG